UUAUAGACAAAAAUAUUGCCCUUUUUAUGUUGGAUUCGAUUCCUAUUUAGGCAUUUUUGUUGCUACUUAUUGCCAAAAUGCGUGAAUAUGUGUUAGAAAUGAAUUAAAUUAAUAUCUGUGCAGAAAUAGACACAUGAAUUUCAAAUGAUUCAAUAGUAUUCAGUUAUUUGAAAUCUAUAAAACUGCACCUUCUCUUUUCUCUGUUCUGUUCAUAGUGUGUUGACAAUACUAUGACAAUGAUGUUCGGAAGAGUGCUUUGGAUGCUUACUGUAAUCGGAUGUUUCCGAGUUCUGCUAAAUCCCGUCGAAGCACAACCUCGCCGGAUUCUUGUCGAUACAGACGUGGAUACAGAUGAUGUUCUUGCUCUCUUAUAUCUCUUGAAGCAAAGCAAGACAGAAUUCGACUUGACGGCUAUUAGUGUAAAUGUAAAUGGAUGGAGUGACGCUGGGCACGCUGUAAAUUAUUUAUACGACAUUCUUGCUAUGAUGGAUCGCAACGACAUUCCUGUUGGUGUUGGAGGUGAAGGUGGCAUUUUGCCUAAUGGAACCAUCCUUCCAAAUGUUGGGGGAUAUCUUCCUCUUAUUGACCAGGGCGACUCCACAGCCGGCGGUUGCAGAUACAAGCAGGCAGUACCGCCAGGCCAACAUGGUCACCUAGAUAUAAAUACAAACUACGGCGUACGCAGGGCUUUACUUCCCCAGGGUGACAAGAAAUAUGUACCACUUCAACAACCUACAGCUCAACAAGUGAUGAAAGAUGCAAUAUCUGCAGGUCCUAUCACUGUGCUUAUUAUGGGAACCCACUCAAAUUUAGCCGUUUUUCUUAUGACGAAUCCUAGUCUGAAGAAAAAUAUUGAGCAUAUAUAUGCCAUGGGAGGUGCUGUCAGAUCAAACUGCUCCGAAAAUGCAACUUCAGUGCUGUGUGGUGACAUUGGUAAUCUGUUUCGACAAGACAUCAAUCCAUACGCUGAGUUCAAUAUAUUUGGAGAUCCUUUUGCUGCGUACACGGUAUUGCAUUCUGGCAUUCCAGUCACGCUUGUUCCUCUGGAUGCAACAAGAACGAUUCCUCUAGAUGAGCCAUUUUUCAAAGCAUUUGAGCAGAAACAGGAUACAUAUGAGGCACAAUAUAGCUUCCAGUCCUUGAAAAUGGUUCGUGAUACAUGGCCAAAUGAUGAAUUUUAUAAGCAAUUUUGCAUGUGGGAUUCUUUUAUGGUUGGUGUAGCGUUAUCUCAAAUGCGUAGUUCAGAGAGAGAUGACAAAGAAAAUGAAUUUGCCAAAUUGGAGUACAUGAACCUCACAGUGAUUACUUCGAAUAUACCUUAUGGAAUAUCAGACGGCUCAAACCCUCUCAUUGAUGGACGUUUGAUCCCAAAGUUCGGUGUACAGAAGAAAGGGGUGCAUAGUGGUCAUGUUCAGAUGGGAAUGGAAGAUCCGUUUUGCCUUGUCAAAGAGGGGAAGGGAAAAUGUCAGGAUGGUUACACAAAGGAGACUGCUGGUGCGGAAGCAGUUACCGUACUUGUUGCAACAGAAGCUAAGCGAGAUCAUGACAGUAACAGUACUCGUGUCAAAGAUUUCAACGACAAUUUCUUGGAUGUUAUAAAUCGACCUAAGAAAACUGGACGGCCGAACAUUAGAACGCAGCUUCCACUCCACGAGAGUGCACUUCGAAAACCAGAUUUUGGAAAGAAAUUGAUGGGAAAAAACCUAGUCUUCGAUAUGGAUAUGAGUGCCGGGGAUUUCCUAGCUCUUCUAUAUCUCCUAAAAUUACCUGUGGAACGGAUUAACCUCAAGGGAAUACUAGUUAACGCUAAUGGGUGGGCAACCGCUGCAACCAUAGAUGUUGUUUAUGACAUACUGCAUAUGAUGGGCCGUGAUGAUAUUCCUGUUGGUCUUGGAAAUGUAUUUGCAGUUGGUCAAUCUUAUUCAUCUUUCUCUUCUCUCGGAGACUGCACGUACAUCAGUUCUAUUCCUCAGGGUAGUGGUGGCUCCUUGGACUCUGACACACUCUAUGGAUUUGCUCGUGCCUUACCUCGUAGUCCUAGGAGAUACAGACUAGCAACCAAGGAAUUCCCCGGACUUGGACAGCCAACUGCAAUAGAUGUUUGGAAGUCCAUUGUAAAAUCACUCGAUCCAGGAUCCAAGAUUACUUUGUUGACCAAUGGACCUUUGACAAAUUUAGCCGAAAUCCUUCUUUCUGAGAACGCAGACUCAAUGGUCCAGGAUGUAUAUAUUGUUGGGGGACACAUUCGCCAUGGUAACGAGCAAGGGAAUCUGUUCACUGUUCCUUCAAACAAAUAUGCGGAAUUCAACAUGUUUCUUGACCCAUUGGCAGCAAAAGCAGUUUUAGAUUCGAAACUGAACAUAACAUUGAUUUCAUUGGGGAUACAGAAGCAAGUCAGUUCCUUCCAGAAUAUUCUUGAUAAAUUAAAUCUAACAGAUACGACUCCUGAAGCUGUAUUUGCCCGGGAUCUACUUUCAAGGUUAUGGAAACUGAAGCAGAAGCAUGACAGAUACCGUCACAUGGAUACAUUUCUAGGGGAAAUCAUUGGUGCCGUAAUCUUGGGUAACAGUCAUCCUCAACUAAACCCAACCUUUAAAUUUAUGCCCCUCAAGGUGGUGGCCGUGGGAGAUGUAUCGGUAAUCGGGCAGCUACUGGUCGAUGAACAUCAAUCAAAGAUGGUGAAGAUACUGAGCAGUGUAAAUCCAAAGGCAUAUCAUGAAGAAUUUGCUAACAUAUUAGGUGAACAAAAGCAGUCUGCUUCGUAGCAAGCUUUGUUGUGGAAAAAAAGAUUAUUGGGUCCCCAACCAAAUUGUAAUGAUAAAUUAAUCAUCUGCCCAACUGAUGAUGUUUUACCUUGAUAAUUGAAACUUGUUUUGUUACAUUGUUGACCUUUCUCAGCCAUUUUUGUUUGACAGUGAAGAAAAACUAAAAGGAAAGUUAUAAGCUUGAGAAUGCUCUUUCUCCAUUUUCUCAAUCUUGACUUUACCGUUUUAUGUGAGUCAUUUUCGACAAGAGUUCUUUCUCUAAGCCUGCACCUA